AUGAGCAGUGCAAAGGAGCGCCUGCAAGACAUCAAUAGCACCAUCGCCCCAACGCCCACUGAGUCGGCUUCAUCUACCGCACCAAUGUCGGUCCCCAUCGACAACGAGAUCAAAGGGAAGCUGGCCUUGGUGACCGGAGCAUCUGGCGGGAUUGGCGCAGCUUGUGCUCGUGACCUGUGGGCCAAUGGCGCAUCGUUGGCGCUGACCUACAACACGAACAAGGAGCCGCUUGAUCAGCUGGUCAGUGAGUUGGAACAGCAGAGUGGAAGUGAAGGCAGAAGGAUAUCCAAGCAUAAGUGCGAUGUUGGAUACGAGGCCGAGUUGAACAAGCUAUAUGCAGAGCUCACACAGCAACAUGGCCAGGGAGCAGACAUCUUGGUCGUGAAUGCGGGCUACGGAAAAAGAGUGAGCAGUAUCCUGGACAUCAGCAUCGAAGAGUGGGACUACACCGUGAACGUCAAUCUCCGCUCCUCCUUCGUCCUCACCAAACUCGCCAUGCCUCAUAUGCUGGCCAAGGAGUGGGGUAGGGUUGUAUACAUCUCUUCCAUUGCUGCCGGCGGAACAUCGAUCAACGGCUGUCACUACUCGGCAAGCAAGGCCGGCGUGCAAGGCCUUUCGAAGAACCUCGCCGCCAAGAUGGGCAAGAGCGGCAUCACCUUCAACGAUGUCGCGCCGGCAAUGAUCACCGAGACGGGCAUGAUCAAGGACGAAGAGGCGCUGAAGGGGACACCGGGGGAUGUGAAGAACAUACCAGUCGGCAGGAGUGGACGGCCACAAGAGUGUGCGAACGCGGUGACGAUGCUGUGUCGCACGGGAUAUAUGACUGGACAGAGCCUUUUGCUUUCCGGGGGACUGAAGUAG